CGCCUGAGCCACACCCAGGAGUGGGGGCAAAAGGCUCCAGCUGCUUCUGGGCAGACAGAUGAGGCUGGGCCUCUGCCUCCAGCUGCCACUGCUCCUCAGUCUCAGUCGGCACCAUGAGUGGUCGAGUUGGAGACCUGAGCCCCAAGCAGGCAGAGACCCUGGCCAAGUUCCGAGAAAAUGUCCAGGAUGUGCUGCCGGCCCUGCCCAACCCUGAUGAUUAUUUUCUUCUUCGUUGGCUCCGAGCUCGGAAUUUUGAUCUACAGAAAUCGGAAGCCAUGCUCCGCAAGUACAUGGAGUUCCGUAAGAACAUGGACAUUGACCACAUCCUUGAUUGGCAGCCCCCAGAGGUGAUCCAGAAGUACAUGCCCGGAGGCCUGUGUGGCUAUGACCGUGAUGGCUGCCCUGUGUGGUAUGACAUCAUCGGACCACUGGACCCCAAGGGGCUGCUCUUCUCCGUCACCAAGCAGGACCUGUUGAAGACUAAGAUGAGGGACUGUGAGCGCAUCCUGCAUGAGUGUGACCUGCAGACGGAGCGGCUGGGGAGGAAGAUUGAAACCAUUGUGAUGAUAUUUGACUGCGAGGGCCUGGGACUGAAGCACUUCUGGAAACCUCUGGUGGAAGUGUACCAGGAGUUCUUCGGCCUCCUUGAGGAGAAUUACCCAGAGACCUUGAAGUUCAUGCUCAUUGUGAAAGCCACCAAAUUGUUCCCUGUGGGCUACAACCUUAUGAAGCCAUUCCUGAGUGAGGACACACGGAGGAAAAUCGUCGUGUUGGGAAGUAAUAGCUGGAAGGAAGGUUUGCUGAAACUCAUCAGUCCUGAGGAACUGCCGGCCCAUUUUGGGGGGACUCUGACUGACCCAGAUGGGAACCCCAAAUGUUUAACCAAGAUCAACUACGGUGGGGAGAUCCCCAAGUCCAUGUAUGUGCGGGACCAGGUGAAGACUCAGUACGAGCACACGGUGCAGAUUAGCCGUGGCUCCUCCCACCAGGUGGAAUAUGAGAUCCUGUUUCCAGGCUGUGUCCUCAGGUGGCAGUUCUCAUCUGAUGGUGCAGACAUUGGCUUUGGAGUCUUCCUCAAGACCAAGAUGGGGGAGAGGCAGAAAGCAGGAGAAAUGACCGAGGUGCUAGCCAGCCAGCGCUACAAUGCCCACAUGGUACCUGAGGAUGGGAGCCUCACCUGCUCAGAGGCUGGCGUCUAUGUCCUGCGCUUUGACAACACCUAUAGCUUCGUCCAUGCCAAGAAGGUCAGCUUCACGGUUGAAGUGCUUCUCCCAGACGAGGGCAUGCAGAAGUACGAGGAAGAGCUCACCCCUGUCUAGGUGGACCCCCCCAACCUCUCAGAGACACCUCCCUCACCCUCUGUUUCCUCUCUACUCUCCUUGUAUUCCUAAAGUCGAUCAUUAGCUCCCUCUACUCUGUGACACCAGCGAGCAGAGAAAGAGAUUGCCAAGAGAAGAUUUAUCUGCUGUAACCACAAUUUAAAAGUAGGACAGGUUGGAGCAUAUAAUGUUUGCAAAAGAGAGAGAAGCAAGAAGGAAUAUAAGAGAUUGGCAUCAUUGGGGCCCAAGACUAGGGAAACAACCCCCCUUGACCUCAUCUGUCCUGCAAUGUGUGUACUUGAGACCCUCCCUGUGAGGUCUGAGUGGCUUGAUCUGGAGAUUGACGAAAUCCCCUCUGCUUCCACUCACACUAUAUGGUAGAUGCUUAGCAUAUUCCUGUAAAUUAGAGGAUAGCAUAUUCCUGUAAGUUAGCCUAUUCCCUAUAAGGCAGGGAAGCAUGUGGCUCCCCAGCAGUGGUAAGGAGAGACCAGACAGCAUAUUUCAGCACCCUGGACAGAGCCACGCUUGGCGAAAACCCCAGCCAUCUAACCUGAUAGCGGUUUCCUUUUGGGAGUCUCAGACACAAAAGCUCCACAGCUCAGCUCUCUGGCAGGAGGCACCCACUUCUGACUUUGCCUGACCCAGGGGCAAGGGUGCGCCAUUCACUAUUCCCACAGUCAUCUCCUUCCUUUUGAGCUCACAGCUCAUAUUUUAAGCAAUUAAAAGAACUUUCCCCAAAGC